CGCUGGUAGCAUUUACAAAAAUAAAAUCGACCUGUUCAAACGCUUUUCUGAAAUAUGACGAACAACGAGGAUAUGAAUUUUGUGCGUGACUUUUGAUUGAGUCAGUGUACAUGUGGUAUAAACAAUAAUAGGGUGUGGCUGUGAUUUAUCGUUCAACAAAAAUUAUAAAACAAGUAGCAAAAGUAUCGCGACAACAGUGUGUUUGUUUUCAACGAGUAGAAGACUUUCCACGACAAAAUGUACAUUAAACUGCAAAAAAUGGUGCCUUCGGACCUUUUCAUCAAUCUUGGCCUCUGCCAAAAAAGAAAAUUAACCGACGUUCCCAUGCUUAUAAUUUUUGCGAUAUGUGUUGCUAUUUUGUUGAUCAUUGCUAUGAUAUACACUAUAUCUUCUUCGGAUAUAAACGGUACGAAUGGACAUGUCUUGAGAGUAUUAAUUAAUAACUCGGGUUCUCUAGCAAUAGGUUGCUGCAUUGGACUUGGUCUUUCUCUUAUCGCAUUAUUUUGCUUUCGCUAUUGUGUGAAUGUAUUUAUUUGGACUGUGUUGAUAGUUACAGUCGUACUAAUGUUUACGAACGUAGGAUUUUCUGGAUACUUUUGGUAUUGCUCGGGCGAACUGUAUUUAAACUACGAAAUCACUAAGCUGAUAACGUUCAUUAUUUCAACAUUUGUUUUUCUUAUUAGUACAAUAUUGGUUCUAGUGUUGAGAGAGCAAAUUAAACUUAUAAUCGAAUUUUACAAAGAAGCUAUGAAAAUACUAUUUGCUAUGCCUCUAAUUUUUCUGGUACCUCUCUUGACAUUCAUCUCCAUCUCGGGGAUUUUUGCGUUAUUCUGUUACAUAACUUUUCCAAGGAUUCCAAUGAACGACGCUGGAGAAUUUUAUCACGAUACCGGUGUGAUUUAUGGUAGGGGACUUGUAUUGAUAAUGUUGUUCUGGAUGGUCGAGUUUGUAUUAGUGUGCCAACAAAUGGUUAUUUCGGGUGCCGUGGCUACUUAUUAUUUUACACGAGACAAAACAGCUUUGGUUUCACCGAUCUACAGCAGUUUUUACAAUUUAAUUCGGUACCAUCUUGGUACCGUUGCAUUUGGUUCCCUAAUAAUGCCAACUAUUAACUCCCUUAAUACAAUAUUUCGAGUAUUGCCGCGAAAAAAUUGUUGUGCAUAUAUUUGCUGUUGUACAUCAAUGGAAAGAAUAUUGAAAUAUACGACUUCGAAGGGAUUUAUCGCCACAGCUAUUUGUGGACAACCCUUCUGCCGAUCGGGUACUCGUGCGGUGAAUUUAAUCGUCGGCAAUUUAUUAAGUGGUGUGGUAAUGAGUUCGGUUGGAGGCUUCAUGUUUUUCAUGAUGAAUUGUUUUGUGCUUUUUAUUACCGUGAUUAUUGUUGGUUUUCUGGUGAUAUUUCUUCGUUUUAAUCCAACUAUCGUAAUUUCACCUUUGUUUGUAGUUAUAUGGACUUCCUGUAUCUUUGGUGUAGUCAGGAUUACUGUAGACACAGUAUUCAUCUGUUACUGUGAAGAUUACCGCCUUAACAAUGGUACAAAUGAACCAUUUUAUGCAACUGUGGAGCUUCACCAAAAGCUGAAGAAAGUGCAAGACUUCACAAAGGGUAUUGAGGAAAAGGCAUGUGUUUUAUAAAUUUAGGAAAUUAAUUGUGAAAAUUGUAUUUUUUGUAAUUGUAAAAGUCGUGGAUUAUUUGACCACGUUUUUAGUUUAACUUUUCUAACAAUUUUAUCAAUUGUUCUUCUCACAAAAAUAUAUUACACCUUGCUUUUUUUCAAACCUUGCAUUAAUCUAUUCAUUAAACAACUAUCAAAAAAACAUCUUGCAACAAUGACUGUUUAAAAAUCAUUAAAAGUUUGCACUCGGGGCUUGUUUUAAAAAAAUCGCCUUAUACAGGGUCGCUAAAAAGUAUGGAUACAGUUAAAUAUUAUAAAAACUAUUCAUCAAAACUUUAAAUUAACUAAAAUUAAUUUAAUUAAUUUAAUUAAAACUUUAAUUAAAAUUUGGUAUAUGCUUAAGAGUAUAUAAGUUGUAUCUUUUCAGAUGUUUAUUAAAUUUCUAUCUCCAUUUGUUCUUCGGAUACAAGGCUAAUAUGAUUUUUUUUUAAAUAGCAACAAGUGUCAAAUUUAAUAUUUUUAAGAAGAGCAUUAUUUUCUGAGUUCUAUGGUAUAACACAUACAGACCUUGAUUUAAUCGAGACUUAAAAAAAAUCGAAAAUUUGGAAAAAUGUAAAAUUUUAUUAGCCUUGAAAAUGUUGUCUUAAUCUAUCGUUAGCUCAUUAACCAAAAAAUAAGUAAAAUUUAAAAAUGAUUGUUAAAAUAACAAUUUUAACUGAAAAAGAACAUGUUUUAAUUAAGAAAUUUUAAUCACGAAAUACUUGAUUUUUAUGCUACAAACGAAGUUAAAACUAAUUUCCACUAACUUCUUGGCUUUCUGUCUCCAUGAUAAACCAACAUGAGAACUUUUUUCGCUCAGUUUUACUUAAAUGUACCAUUAUUAAACUAAUUAUUGCACCCAAGUUUGAUUUUUGGCUAAUAUACAAGUAAUGGCUAUCGCUAAUAACAGUUUCAAAGCUAACUUAGCUUUACUGUUCCAGAAAAUUUUUGAAUUUUAAUUUUUUUAUAUUUUAAUAAAAGUAAAGGUGGGUAUCAUGUUACAUCAUUGAGUUCAGAAAAUGAUGCUUUUUUAAAAAUGAUUAAAUUUGACCCUUCGUGCCAUUUAAAAAAAAUCAAGUUAGUCUUGAAUUUUCAAAAUAAAUGACGAUAAAUAUUUGAAAAAUCUCUCAGAUGAUAGAAUUUAAACAUUUUUAACUGUUCCCCAAAUUUCAAGGUUUUCUGUUAAACCGUUUUGAAAAUAUUUAACUGUAUCCAGGCUUUUUAGCGACUCUGUAUAAAAGAAGGUGUUGUAGUGUAAGAAUAAAAGAAAUAUUCUAGAUUAGCGAGUUAGUAGUAGUAGUUAGUUUUAUGAAUAUGUUAAUUAGUGUAGUUUUUUGUCAAGUGGUAGUCUACACUUUUUCCUACCACAAUGUAGUUGAAACGAAUAAAUCUUUAGUUCAGAAGAAA